AUGGGUCUAUCCAAAGGGCUGGUCAUCCUCAUCUGCAUCUUGAUCGCGGGGCUGGCGGUCGCCGCAGCCGCCGCCCUCUAUCAGGUCACCAAUCGAGAUAAGAGCCAAAAAGGCUACUCCCCCCCCGAACCGUCGCGAGAACAGGAAUUGUACAUGCGGCAAGUACGCGCGAGAAAUUAUGCCAACCUCGGCAUCGCGUCCAACGUGUGA